AUGAACAGCAUAAAAGAAGCUAUAUCAGCUAUCUCCAUAGGUAUAAUGGUCGCCGAGUUCCUUCGCAAAACUAGUCGCGUGUUGCAAGCCAUCGAGGUGUACAAGGAAUGUUUGAUUAUAUUACCCAGUCAAGCGCAGGCUAUCGAUAGUUCAUUGGCAAACUUUACAUUCCGAGAAAUCUACGAAGAAUUAAUCUGUGCUUACGUUUCUAUAAAGGAUUACACAAGUUCAGAAAAAUACCUCAGGGAACUCCUCCUAUACCUAGACACUAAUGACACCGCUGAAAAAGGAUGGCUACAUUUAAGGCUGGCAGAAAUACUUCAGAUACAAAGUAAAUUAAUGGAGGCCUGGAAAUUUUACGAAUCAGCAAUCAACAUCAUGAAAACGAUGGGAAACACGCAUGGCUUGGCAAAAUGUUACGCAAAACUCGGAAUAAUGUUCCAAUCGCAUUGUCAAUAUGACAAAGCCAUAGAAUAUCAAGAGAAAGCACUCGCUAUCAGAAUAGAAAUUGGUGACAGGAAUGGAGAAGCAACCAGCUACGGAAGCCUAGGAGCUUUGUUUCAUUCACUCGGUCAAUAUGACAAGGCUCGAGAAUAUCAGGAGAAAGCACUCGCUAUCAAAAUACAAAUUGGUGACAGGAAUGGAGAAGCAACCAUCUACGGAAACCUAGGAGCUACGUUCCAGUUACUCUUUCAAUAUGACAAGGCCCGAGAAUAUCAGGAGAAAGCACUCGCUCUCAACAAAGAAAUUGGUGACAGGGAUGGAGAAGCAACAAGUUACGGACACUUAGGAACUUUGUUUCAUUCACUCGAUAAAUACGACAAGGCUCGAGAAUAUCAGGAGAAAGCACUUGCUAUCAGAAUAGAAAUUGGUGACAGGAAUGGAGAAGCAACCAGCUAUGGAAACCUAGGAGCUUUGUUCCAGUUACUCGGUCAAUAUGACAAGGCCCGAGAACAUCAGGAGAAAGCACUCGCUAUCAAAAAAGAAAUUGGAGACAGGAAUGGAGAAGCAACAAGCUACGGAAACCUAGGAACUUUGUUCCAGUUACUCGGUCAAUAUGACAAGGCCCGAGGAUAUCAGGAGAAAGCACUCGCUAUCAAUAGAGAAAUUGGAGACAGGAAUGGAGAAGCAACCAGCUAUGGAAACCUAGGAGCUUUGUUCCAGUUACUCGGUCAAUAUGACAAGGCCCGAGAAUAUCUGGAGAAAGCACUCGCUAUCAAAAAAGAAAUUGGUAACAGGGAUGGAGAAGCAACAAGCUACGGAAACCUAGGAACUUUGUUCCAAUUACUCGGUCAAUAUGACAAGGCCCGAGAAUAUCAGGAGAAAGCACUCGCUAUCAGAAUAGAAAUUGGUGACAAGAAUGGAAAAGCAUCAAGCUACGGAAACUUAGGAGUUUUGUUCAAAUCACUCUAUCAGUAUGACAAGGCCAAAGAACAUCAGGAGAAAGCACUCGUUAUCAAUAAAGAAACUGGUGACAGGAAUGGAGAAGCAACAAGCUACAGGAACCUAGGAACUUUAUUCCAAUCACUCGGUCAAUAUGACAAGGCCCAAGAAUAUCAGGAGAAAGCACUCACUAUCCAUAAAGAAAUUGGAAACAGGACUGGAGAAGCAACCAGCUGCAGAAACCUAGGAUCUUUGUUUCGAUCACUCUGUCAAUAUGACAGGGCCCGAGAAUAUCUGGAGAAAGCACUCGCUAUCAAUAUAGAAAUUGGUGACAGUAAUGGAGAGGCAACGAGUUACGGAAACCUAGGAACUUUGUCCCAGUCCCUCUGUCACUAUGACAAGGCCCAAGAAUAUCAGAAGAAAGCACUCGCUAUUAGAAUAGAAAUUGAUGACAGGAGAGGAGAAGCAAAAAGCUACAGUAACCUAGGAACUUUGUUCCAAUCACUCUGUCAAUAUCACAAGGCCCGUGAAUAUCAGGAGAAAGCACUCGCUAUCAAUAAAGAAAUUGGAGACAGGAAUGGAGAAGCAACCAGCUACAGUAACCUAGGAACUUUGUUCCAAUCACUCUGUCAAUAUCACAAGGCCCGUGAAUAUCAGGAGAAAGCACUCGCUAUCAAUAAAGAAAUUGGUGACAGGAAUAGAGAAGCAACAAGCUACGGAAACCUAGGAACUUUGUUCCAGUUACUCGGUCAAUAUGACAAGGCCCGAAGAUAUCAGGAGAAAGCACUCGCUAUCAGUAUAGAAAUUGGUGACAGGAAUGGAGAAGCAACAAGCUACGGAAACCUAGGAACUUUGUUCCAAUCACUCUGUCAAUAUCACAAGGCCCGAGAAUAUCUGGAGAAAGCACUCGCUAUCAAAGAAGAAUUGGGUGACAGGAAUGGAGAAGCAAACAGCUGCGGAAACCUAGGAACUUUGUUACGUUCACUCUGUCAAUACGAUAAGGCCCGAGAAUAUCAGGAGAGAGCACUCGCUAUCAGAAUAGAAAUUGGUGACAGGAAUGGAGAAGCAACCAGCUACGGAAACCUAGGAACUUUGUUCCAAUCACUCUGUCAAUACGACAAGGCCCGAGAAUAUCAGGAGAAAGCACUCGCCAUCAUGAUAGAAAUAUGUAACAGGAAUGGAGAAGCAUUAAUCUACGGAAACCUAGGAAAUUUGUUCCAAUUACUUGGUCAAUAUGACAAGGCUCGAGAAUAUCAGGAGAAAGCACUUGCUAUCAGUAUAGAAAUUGGUGACAGGAAUGGAGAGGCAACCAGCUGCAGAAACCUAGGAGCUUUGUUCCAAUCACUCGGUCAAUUUGACAAGGCCCAAGAAUAUCAGGAGGAAGCAAUGGCUGUCAAAAUAGAAAUUGGUGACAGGAAUGGAGAAGCAAUAAGCUACGGAAACUUAGGAAUUUUAUUCCAAUUACUCGGUGAAUAUGACAAGGCCCGAGAAUAUCAGGAGAAAGCUCUCCUAUUAAGUAGGGAUAUUGGACAAAACUUGAACGAGUUUACCUGCCUUUUACAGCUAUCGGUGUUAAAUUUGUCACAAGGUCAUCUUGAAGAGGCUUCUACGUAUCUUUUUCAAGGCAUCGAAAAGUUCGAAACUUUGAGGGGUUUUCUUAAAGAAAACGACCAGUUUCAAAUAUCUCUUUUAGAAAGGCACGGCACCUUUCCUUACAAGUCGUUCAGUGAGUUUCUUUCUUCCACUGGAAAGCCUCAAGACGCCCUUUACGUCGAAGAACUGAGUAGGGCAAGAGGCCUGGCCAACUUGAUGGCAGCUCGGUACUCUAUUCAAGAGCAGAUCUCAAGCGAUCCACAGUCUUGGAGUGGCAUUCAAGGGAUCAUCACAAAAGAAGCAGACUGCGCAUGCCUGUACAUUUCGGUUGGUACAAAUGAUGUACGGUUUUGGAUAUUUAAAGCAACGGGAGCUCUUCAUUUUUCAAAAAAGAAAGUGAGCUUGGACAAAAACAGGAUGACCGGAAUAGUCCCUGAGUUGGAUGAGUUUUUUAAAGAAGCCUUCCACACCCGCUCUAUUUUACCCGAACAGAAUUGCGAAGAUCGAUCUUUAGAUGACACCGAACUGUUUCAAAACAAGUCUUCCUUGUGUUACAAGAUAAUUAUCGCUCCUGUGGCCCGUUUACUGAAGCAGCCCGAGAUCAUAAUUGUCCCUGAUUCCUGUGUGUACCAAGUGCCAUUUGCAGCCUUGGCUGACGAAGGAGGCACGUAUCUAUCAGAGACAUGCAGAAUUCGGAUAGUUCCCUCUCUGACGACUCUCAAGCUUAUUGAAGACAGUCCUCCAGACUAUCACAGUCAGACAGGGGCUCUCAUAGUGGGUGACCCUGUGGUUGGAAAGGUGAUUUACAAGGGAAAGUGCAGAAAUAUGAAACCAUUGCCGUGUGCAAGAAAGGAAGCAGAGAUGAUUGGAAGACUUCUUGGCGUAACGCCUCUGAUAGGACAUUCCGCGACAAAGCAUUCUGUACUCCAAGCGAUAAAUUCAGUGAGCCUGAUACACAUUGCUGCCCAUGGAUAUCCCGAAAGAGGGGAGAUUGCUCUUUCUCCCAAGCACCAUUCCCCACUCCCACCUUUCCCUCAAGAAGAAGAUUAUCUUUUGACGAUGGCCGAUAUUUCAAAAACUCGGUUGCGAGCUAAACUAGUGGUGCUUAGUUGUUGUCACAGUGCUCGUGGACAGAUUAGAACCGAGGGAGUUAUUGGAAUUGCCCGAGCGUUCUUAGGAUCCGGAGCUCGUUCAGUAUUAGCGGCACGAUGUGCCCUGGAUGACACAGCCACAGAGCAGUUCAUGACUUGUUUCUACGAACAUUUGUUCCGCGGUGAAAGCGCCAGUGAGUCUCUUCAUAAGGCUAGGAAGUGGAUGAGAAAUAACGGCUUUGAGAAAGUUUCUCAAUGGGCGCCAUUUAUGUUAAUAGGCGACAACGUGACAUUUGAUUUUGGAAACUGGCUGGUGCCUAGCACACCUUAAGAGCCAUAACUUUGAUGAAACCUCUGUAGCAGAAUGAAUUAGACUUAGUAAAGCUCGGAACUAUUUAAUUACUAGCCUGUAGAAAAAGGACGCCUUCUCAGUGCGAAGGACAACGCGGAUCGAUACACAGUGGAAGGCAUUUCUGUAAAAUGCUCAUCACACAUCUAACUUUAAUAAUCUGAAACAAACCAGCGUAUGGUGUUAUCUCUUUAUAAGAGUUCCGAAGUUAAAAAACUCCAUUUUUGAUAAGUCAAUGGUUCAGUGAACGAGCCAAGAAAAGUGUAACAAUUUUUAGAUUUCGAACGUGAUUAGUUCAUCAAGGAAAGAAAACUUUUAAUUCUUUUUCAAAGGCGAUUAGUUAGUCAAUUCAAGAGACUUUUAAACAAAUGUGACUUGAAAAAAAGGUUUUUUCUAAGCGUAAUUUUUUUGGAAAUUUGUUGCAAAGCUUUUGACAAGAAAUAUUG